AUGUUCUCUGUGGUGCCUGGGUACUCCCCUGGCUUCAAGAGGCCCCCCGAGACCCUCCGCCUGAAGAGGAAAAGGCCUCGGAGAAGCGAAGCGGCCUCCGGCUCCGAAGGCUCGGGCUCCGCCGCCGCCCUCGGGGACCCCGCUUUCUCCCCUCGACCCUACCCUGGGAGCCGGAGGCGCAACCCCUUCUUGGACUUGGGGAACACGCCUCGCCCUCCGACGCGGCCCAGCCGGAUCCCUUCGCCGGGACGGAAAGGCUUGCGUUGGCUGGAGACCGGCGCCGAGACAGACGGCGGCGCCCGCCGGGAGCUCCGUGUGUUAGUAAUAGGUGGUCUUCAAGAGGACAAGCCUUUCUCAAGUAAAGAGUUUUCUGAAACCUUAGCUGUUGGCUCAUUAAGUGACCCAUAUUUGGCAGCUUCCAAUAUAGAUGUUCCUUCUUCCCCAAGUUGUGAAUUUCCUGCAGAUUGGAGUAUUAAAACUCGCAUUCUUUUUACGUCUUCUCAAUCAUUUGCAUGGGCUGAUCACAUAAAAGCACAGGAAGAGUCUCAAGGACAUGUCCAGCACUGCAGAGCAACAGUAACAAAUCUGCCUCAUAGCAUUCAGGAACCAAAACUCUCCACAGAACUCCGAUGUGCUUUCCAACAAAGCCUGGUAUAUUGGCUUCAUCCUUACCUACCAUGGCUACAGCUGUUCCCUCGUAUUGGAGCAGAUAGAAAAAUGACAAGAAAAAACAAUCCUUGGUCCUAUGAUGAAGCACUCCAACAAGUUCUCAUGAGUGAAUGGUCUCUAAGUUUUACCUCCCUGUAUAAUCUCUUGAGAGCCAAGCUGUGUCCUUUUUUCUAUGUGUGCACCUACCAGUUCACUGUGCUUUUCCGUGCAGCAGGACUUGCUGGAAGUGAAGUGAUCACAGCACUUAUCUCUCCCACAACCAGAGGCUUAAGAGAAGCCAUGAAAAAUGAAGGUAUUGAUUUUUAUUUACCAUUCCAAGAAGUUAGGAAGAAGAAAUUUAAUGCUUUUGGAUCCCAUUUAGAAGCAAGAUCUGCUGAUGAUUCUGAAACAAAUGGCAAAGAUGCCGAGAAUGAAGAGGAACAACUAAUGAGUGGUGUUUGUGGUGAUGAAGAUGAUGAUGAUGAAGGAUUUUCAUGGUUGGAAGAAAUGGGAGUUCAUGACAAAAUUAAAAAGCCAGAUACAAUUUCUAUCAAACUCUAUAAAGAGAGAGAUGAAGUACAAAUGGAUCACAAGCCUGAAUCGGUGGCAUUAGUAAAAGGAGCAAACACAUUCACUCUGCUAAACUUCUUGAUGAAUUGUAAAAGUUUAGUGGCUUCUGCAGGGCCUCAGGCUGGUCUCCCUCCCACAUUACUCUCCCCAAAUUCUUUUAGAGGUGCAACAAUGCAGACGCUCAAGGCUCGAAGCAUAAAUGUAAAAACACAAGUCCAUUCUCAGUACAAAGAUGCAUUUAGUUUGGAGAUUGUGGGCCCUGUCUUGCCUCACGCAUUGCAUGCUUUAUCCAUGCUACUGAAGUCAGCUCAGAAUGGAUCUUUUUCUGCAGUGUGUUACACACAUGAACCAACAGCAGUGUUCAACACAGGCAUUAGCAAUGAGAAGAGUAUGAUGACGGACUCACUUAGCAAAGACCUUUGGAAGUGUGGAUUGCAUCCUAAGACUUUAGAUCGGCUUGCUCUUUGUCCAUCAUUAGCAAAGUCUUCAAUUAGGCUCAUGGAAAUGAACAAUUAUGUCUGCACUUGGAAAGUCUAAGCAAGCAACAGCUAUCAACAAAGAAAUAACUGCCAUAUGAGAUUCCAUGAAACACUAUUUGCUGCUAUUACUAUGUAAAGUGGUUUACCAAAGAACACAUAGUGUACUAAACGUGCAAAUCUUUUAGACAGAUCCUUCUGGGCGAGUUAGAUUCUGUGAGAGUUUAUAUCUGUGUAUGUAGUAGAAAACACCUGCUCCCCUAUUUUUCCAGGUUUGUUACAACUGAUUUUUAGAGAUUGUUUUAAAUUAAACUUUGUAAUACAGAAUCUUACACAUUUUCAGUCUGAAAUAGUUAAUCAUCGCAUAGAAGAAAUUUUCAAACACUGGAUCACUAAGAAAGAAAAUCUGUUGAAGACCUUGUGGGUUGUUCUGCAAGAAAAAUGGCUGGACAAAAUUUGUCCUACAAGCUGAAGAAAGUUGUCGUAGUCUUGACAUAUUGCUAGUCUUUUUUAAAAAAGUUUUUUAUUUAUUUCAAAUCAAAGAAAAAGGGGAGUGGAGAAAAGAGGGGAGAAUACAUAAACUAAAAUUAUGGGCUACAGUAAUAAUUAUGUAAUUACUGAGUUCUAAUUAAAGCCAUCUGGGCUUUGAAUUUGCCAUGAUGGAGAAAAGAAACAAAUGCCACAAAUUGAGGGAGCAUGAUCUGAGACAAGAGAUAAUGUCAUUACAGAAUGUUGACCGAAAUUGGAGUAAGGGGAAAGAAGCAAAAAAUAAUCAAACUUAAAAGACAUUUUGGUGUACUGAUGAUUAAAAAGUAGAAUCUUUUUCUCUUUCUGGGAUAGUGGAAUAUUAUUAGUUUCAAAUCAGACAUUAACCCUUUAAUGUAAACUAGACCAAUGAACUUAAUUUACAAGGGUGUGUAUUCCUGUCUAAAACCAGACCAAGGAUAUAAUAGAAGUCCUAUCCAGGUGACUUAAACAUGAACUGAAAUGGGUUGAGACCACAUGAGUCUGUGUCAUAUCUAUGCAUCAAAGCAAUUACCAUUUGAAAUCUGAACAAAAUAUAAACAUUUAUGUUUGUAAUAGUUUUAACCACUGAAAGGGUAUUUUUGUGAAUUAGCAUAGCAAUGCCUUGUAAUUUAAUGGGGCACUACCUAUAUAGGCAUCCUGUACGCAACCUUUACAUCAUGUGUUUUUAUCAGACAACAAAAGAUGGGGUCCUGGGGGGGGGGGGGGAAGCCACUCUUUUUUUUCAAAUAGCUUGUUUCUCCUUACUGGAUGUCCUGAAACCUCUAAUACUAUCACAUGGGCAGUUUUAUGGGCAUGUGAGAUUAAUGAACUUAUUGUAAUGAAAGGGAAAGGCAGAACAAAACAGCCUGUCCACAUAUAUUCAACUAGUAAAGUUUACAAUAGGAAGGACCAAAAAAGGGAGUGAAAUGAGAAAAAGAAAAAGGAGAGGAAAGGGAAUAAAACCAAAAGGAAAGGGCAUGACAAAGGUACAUAAGAGUGUGCAGUGCUUCCAAAUAAAAUGGCUUAGGCUACCAUACUUUAUGUUCAUUCCCCACCCCACUUCUCAAUCUGAUCAAUAAGUAAUACUGUAGCUACUUUAUUCAUUUUAAUAGACUUCUACC